AAUUGAUACACUAACGAUCUAUUGAUAGUAAACAAUAAAACGACGACACCUGGUAAAGUGCCGGGUGAAAAGUGUAACAGAACAUAGAAUAGCGAACAGCACCCGGGAAAGCCCUUAAACGAUCGACCAAAACAAGGAAGGAAUCGCGCGAAUCGACUGCGGGAUCAGCUAGAACCCUAGCUUAUUUACGAACUGAAACGAGUAACCCGAUACAAUUCAGUUAAUGGAUUUCACUAUAAAUAGUUCUCGAUGGGUCGGAAAUCGAAUCAGUGCGGUUCGGAGGCCGAAAAAUACCAGACACUCACUGUAAGUAGUCAGCAAGUAGUAAGUAAGUACUUGCUCCUAGUUCAGUGUUUGUAAUUCGAAAGUCGUUCGUUUGAGAUUCCGCCAUCGUCGCGUGAAAAGUCAAUCGGCAUAGAGCCAGACAUCUGUUAUCGGUGACAGAUCUCCAGACAAAGUGGAUUUAUCAUCGAAAGGAUGCGGAAAUCGAAAGUUUCUCAGAUGUCUUCCGGCAGAGCCUUGAUUCUGCUGCUGGUGUCACUGUGCUGUAGUGUGGUGGAAUGUCAGCUGCCCAGCACCAUCAAGGUUUGCUCGAGAAAUGACACCAAACUGGAUGCCUGCAUUAUCGAUGCGGUGGAACGGAUUCGACCGAACCUGGCCAGCGGAGAUUUUGGGGCCGAUUUUGCCGUCCCAAGGAUCGAACCGCUCUAUCUGGAGAAGAUGCAAAUGUCCCGGGGCAAGGACUUUCAGGCGGUGUUCCACAAGCUGAACGUUUCCGGCCCUAGCACCUUCAAGCUAGAAAAGAUUAAAUCAAAUCCGAUGAAUCUUUCGUUCGAUAUCAGCUUGAGCAUACCAAAACUAAAUUUCUCCGGAAAAUACUCCAUCAACAUGAAGGUACUUCUGCUCGAGGUGAAGGGAAAAGGAAAGAUCCGGGGUACUCUGUCAAAAAUGAGGAUGAACAUCCGGCUGCGGGGUUUCACGGAGAACAUCAAUGGCACCGAUUACGUGCGCUUCCGGCGGAUGGGCAUGAAGAUCAAGAUCGACGAUGGAUCCUUCGUGCUGGACAACCUGUUCGAUGGGGAUCCAGUUUUGGGCAAGGUCGGUAACCAGGUGAUCAACGAUAAUCCGCGCCUGUUUCUGGAUGAAAUCAUUCCGGGGCUGGAGAAGAACUUGAGCAAAACCUUCACCGAUAUCGCCAAUCAGCUGCUGUACAAUGCCACCAUUGACGAUCUCUUCCCGGAGGUUGUGGACGAGGGCAGUGGGGCAGGCGAGGGGGAUGGCGAUGGUGUUUUCGUCUAGUCGGCUUGCUAGACGAUGAUUUCAUGCUGAUAAAGAGAGUGAGAUCAGUGAGUGAGGACGCCGACAACAAAAAGGCCCCAACUGGACUGUCGAGUGCCUCGUGUUGAUAAUUUUGAAUGUGAUUUAUAUCGUAGUUGUCUUUGUACAUGUGAGAAAAAAGUACUGAAAUCUUUUCGGAAUCUGCUAUACAAAAUUAAUUUUAGUUUAUUGUGGGUUUAGCUUUAGGAAACAUUAAAUUAAAACAUAUUUUGAAAAGUACACAUUAUGUUUAUUGAAGGACUUCGAAAUGCAAAUAUUCUAAAUUAUUCCUUAUUUGGUUCCCCUACGGGGCGCGGGGUGAAAAUGGGUUAAAAUGAAGAAUAUUUAUUUUGAUGUAUUUUCAAAAAUCUUGAAGAUAUCGGUUUACAAUUUUUAAAUAUAAUAACGAGCAUAUCUAGGUAUCUAUUACUUUGAAGGUAAUUUUUUAGAAAAAUCUUGUGUU